AUGCAUGGCAACAAAUUUCACACAAACUUCAUCUCCCUUCUCUUCAUCCUCAUCUUCCCUAACCUCCCUUUCUCCACAUCCGAAAUCCGAACCGUUCAAAUAUCGUCCGAUGAUCGGGCCUUCAUCCUCCUCCAAGAUUUCGGGUUCAAAAGCCCGGGAUUCAUCUCCCUAUCCGUCUCAUCCUUUUCAAUCAACGACCCAAAUUCCUCCGCCACGCCCACUCGACUCUCCUUCAUGGGCUUCUUCUACGGGCCCAGCCCGGCCCGCCCCGCCCUCAUCCUAGCCCUCCUCAAAGGCUCCUGCAUUUUGGGAAGCCCGUUCGUUUUCCCGAUCCUCAAGCUCGGCGAGAAGCCCGUCGGGCUCAAGAAAACCGUACCCGUCACCAUCCCCGAUUUAUACUACAUUUUCUUCGUCAACUGCGCCAAAAAUUCUUCGGUCUCGAUGACCGUCGAUUUGGAGUCGUACAAUCUCGGCGAAGGCCGGCGAGACUAUUCCGACGAGCACCUCGCCGAUCUCCCGAGGGGCGUUUUCGUCUUUUCGCUCGUUUUCUUCGUUUUCGUUCUCGCGUGGUCGCACGCUUGCGUCGUGUACAAGCGUUUUCUCAACCGAAUCCACAUCUUGAUGGCCUUUUUACUCUUCUCGAGAUUCUUGGAGCUCGUUUGCUACGCGAACUCCCUUUAUUCGAUCCGACAAACGGGCUCGGCCCGUUUUUGGAAUUUUUUGUGGCUCGGUUUUUAUUUCUCGAGAAGCGUGCUCUUCGCGCUCGUCGUCGUGCUUAUCGGCUCCGGGUGGUCGAUUUACCGUCCCGUCCUUCAAGACUUCCACAAACAUGUCGUCUCGACCGCGGUUUCCCUCCAAAUCUCGUCGAGCGUCUGUUUCGUCCUGAUGCGGGCCUUCGGCCCAUCGAGCGGGAGCUACAAGAAUUGGGCCGUCUCGUAUUACACGCUCGAUUUCUUGUGCUGCGUCGCGAUGGUUCUUCCCGUUUUUUCGGAGGGCAGCGAUCGUUCGGGCGUGGGGCCCGCGGGCUCGAAAACGGAAGGAAAAGAGGCGAAGGCGUUGGUGCACGAGAGGGUGUUUGGGAAAUUCGGGCUCGCUUUGUACGGGUACGUGGGGUCCACGAGGCUCGGGAUUUUCGCGAUGAGGUGUUUUGGAGGGCACGGGAUUUGGUACGCGACGAUUGUUUUGGAAAUGACGGUCGGGCUCGCUUUUUAUCUCGUUGUGUAUUGUAUGUUCUGGCCGAACGAGAAGUCGUACGAUUAUGUUGCGCCGGAUAGUAAGGAGGGUGAGAUUAGCGUUGCGAUUUUGCCCGGUGUAUAG